UUCCCAAACAAGAAAGACUCCCUUAUUACAUCCAUCAUCAAACGCGACCUUUGUCUCUCCGACUCUGUAAAUCUCUCUGUUUUCUCGCACUUUCUCUCUGAUUUUCUCAUGGGGGCCUCUCAAAGCAAAGGCAAAGCAGCAGUCAUUUCUAACUCCAAAAAACCAGCUCUCAACUUACCAAUUGCCGGAGCUACAACACAGAGCUCCUUCAAUCCUCCUAAUCAAAAGUACCUUAACAUACUCAUCUCUUAUGGCCACAGCUCACGCGCCACCGCUGCCGCCGCCAUAGAUGCCCUCAGAUACCGUCUUCAGAUCACUCGUGACUGCUCCAUUACUCUCCAGUGCCUAAUCACCGUGCACCACAUAAUCAAACAUGGAAGCUUUUUAAUCCAAGAUCAACUCUCCAUGUACCCUUCCACCGGCGGUCGAAAUUUGUCUAAUUGCAGAGAUCAUUCAUCGCCAUUAAAGCGGAAGCUCUCUUCGUGGGUUAGAUGGUAUGCUCUGUACCUUGAACAUCUCUUGUCCACUUCUAGAAUCUUGGGUUUCUUCCUCUGUUCCACAUCAAGCAUCGUUGACAAAGACAGAGACGAAGAGAGAGUCUCAUCACUCACGCACCCUGAUUUACUCAAAGAGCUUGAUUCCUUGGUGAGUUUGCUGGAAGAGAUCUGCAAAAGACCCGAUUUUUUGCACAUUGACGGGAACAAAUUGGUGGACGGGGUAAUGGGUUUGGUGGGUGAGGAUUACUUGUCAAUAAUAAACCAAGUUUUGUUCCGAGUCAAAGAGAUGAGUCAGAGAAUGAGUGGCUUGUGUUUUGAUGAAUCGGUCGAUUUUGUUUGUGUAUUGAAGAGGAUGGAGGUUUGUAAGGAGAAAUUGUUUGCGGUGUGCACAAGAAAGAAGGAUUUCAUUGAGAGUCUUUGGGUUUUGAUUAGUGAGACGAAGGAUGGGUUGAUGAUGAAAAUCAAGUCAAAGUCUUGUAAUUUCUUUAACCUUUUCAUGCCAUUUCUAUGUCAGUAAGUGAGUCAGCUCGGUUUAGGGACCGAGUUCUGAGUUAUGGAAUGGAUGUGUUUUAAAUCAAAUCCUAUUUAAUUUUGUGUUUUUUA